CAGGCAGCUGAAUAUUCUGACGCCGAUUCUGUGCGACAUGCCGGAUAGAAACGAGAAUGAAAAACAUGCGAAGUGAUGCUUGUUGACAGCAUCAUUUGAGUUUUUCUUUAUUUACCUUCUACACGUACUGUAGCUAUCCUGACAUUAACUGUCAACAACAACACGUUAAGUGUUGCCUCGUAUGUUUACCUUUAGUCUCUGGCCCAUAAGUCCAUCUAUCUUAGCACCACUAGCAUUAGCAGCUAACCCUACAAGACAUAGUAACGUUACUUACACGACAUUUUGACAGCGUUUUAGUAUUUAAAUCUACCACCGCUGGUUUCUGCAGUAUGAGUCAUGCAUAUGGUGGCGGGGGUGGGAGAAGAGGUGGAAGAGGAGGUCGAGGAGGAGGUCGUGGAGGAGGUCGAGGGUACAGAGAUGGAAGCAGAGAUGGAAGCAGAGAGAGAUGGGACAGGGGAGGCGGACGGGGCUCAGGGGGACAAAGCUCGGACUUCGACCAGGACCCAGGAGGAGGGGGACAACGGGACCGGCCUCCCCCACACCUGAAGGGACGGGAUAUCGGUAUGUGGUACGCAAGAUACGGAGCCGUGAGGAGGAAGCAGGCUGACCGGAGAUCGCGGCCGGUGGUCCAGAUGGAUGCAGCCAGAGAGCAGCACAUUACGAAGCUGCUUAACUCUGUCCAAAAUGAUCAGCCUGGUCCAGCGAGAGACUGCAGGGAUGCAGGAGCCUCUACAUCUGACAGCUGGCGGUCAGCUGCCAAUAGUAGUGGUCAUUGUUACUUUGAUGGUGAAGCGUCUGAAGAGGAUAAAAAGAAGAUUGAGUUCAAGUCUGAAGAGGAGGAGGAAGAAGUUACUCCUAAAUCACAACGUUACUUCUCUCCAGCAGUUGUCAAAGAUGAGGCUCCAGAUGCGUGGGAUAAAGACGACCAGCAGGAGAAAGAGGAGAAAGAAAGUCUGAAAAAGAAAGACAAGGAACUGGAGUUCUUGUGUCACGAAGUAGUGAGGGACAGUUCACUGGAUGAACGCUUACAGAGAGAUCUGCAGAGCAAGAAAUCUGAUCCAAAGUACAAAGAAAUGCUGAAAUUCAGGGAAAAACUACCGUCCUAUAACAAAAAAGAGGAGCUUGUGCAACUGAUCAACUCUAGCCGGGUCCUGGUGGUGAGCGGGGAGACGGGCUGUGGAAAGACCACCCAGGUCACCCAGUUCAUCCUGGAUGACUACAUCAACAGAGGAGUGGGCUCGAUGUGUCGGGUGGUCUGCACGCAGCCUCGGCGAAUCAGUGCCAUCUCGGUAGCAGAGCGUGUAUCAGCGGAGAGGGCAGAAAGUGUAGGAAAUGGAAAUUCAUGUGGUUACCAAAUCCGCCUGCAAAG